AUGUCGGAUGAUCGCUUGGUCUCGCCAAAGGCGCCAUCAGAUGCUGACAAUAACAGUAAUAGUGGUUCAUUGUUCAGCCGCCGUUAUCCAGAUGAAUCGUCAUCGAGCAGCAAUGGAUCGAAGGAAAAUAUGCAACUGUUAUUGAAUAAUGAAAGUUCAUUAAGCCCAAAGUCACAAUCACAUGGAGCAGAAACAAUUCCAACUACACGACGCUGUCGACGUUUCGACGACGCCUUUCCAGAAGGUCUUAAAUUUCAACCGAAAAUGACACGUGAAGAUUCAAUUGAUUUGGCUACCAAUGAAGAGAAAUCGAAUUCUUGUGAUGAAUGGUUUAUCCAUAAAAUUAAUCCGAAAAGCGGAACUCACUCGAUUGAUGGGGAGAAAAAUUCUGGAAACUCCCAGGUUUCACGGGGUACUACACGUGAAGAUAUACAAAAAUGUAUGAUGAAGCGCUUGGUAGAAAUACGUCUAAAAAACCAAGAUAAACGUAAAGCGAUGUAUGAUGCUGAUAACGAAAUUACAUUCGAUGGAUCGAAAUCGUUGGAAAUUGAUUUAUGCGGACAUAUGGGUGAUGAAGGAAACAAAAUGGAGUCGGAUGCUGGAGAAAAUCCGCCGAAAAAUAACAUGGCCAUGAAUGAUGAGGUCAAUCAUGGUUUGAUAGAAUACAAAGCUGAAUUGGAUAAUGUUAAAAAGGCAAUCAGUAAGGAAAAUGAAAUAAAUGAAGAGAAAAAGAACAUCGAAGAUAAUGAAGUUGAAGCUACAAGAGAAAAUAAAGACAUCAAAUUAAACGAAGAAGGAAAUAGAGAUGAAGACACAGCAAACGAAGAUCAACGGGAGGAUUGGUCGCAUUCAGGAAAGGAAGCUUGUGGAAGUCUUCUGAAACAUGAUAAUGCGAGUCAUUUACCAGACAAUGAAACGGACUCAUUCAACUUGUCGGAUGAAGAAACAGAUUCUGAUGAAUACGGAGGUUCAAGUCUAGUGGAUGACCUGCUGAGUGAUGUUGCAGAAAAUUGCUCUGGUAGUUUCGAGUAUCCUGAAGAGGACUAUCCGAAGCCAUUGGAAUACUUUAAUAGCGAAGAAUAUUACCGAUUAGUACGAAAACGGAAGCGUCGAUUAGUGCUCUCAAACAAAUUUUAUAACGAAGAAAAUAUAAAAGCAUGGCGACGUAGUGCGGGGUUACCGAAAAAGGUUCAGAGAAUACCAUCCCUUCAUUGGGAUGAUGAAGACGAUGAAGCUUGCAGUACCUCAGACCACAAGGAAGAAACUAGUCCUGAUGAUGUAGAUGACGAUUGUGAGAAAGAUGAAAUUCAACCAAGUAAUGAAGAAAACGACGACGAGGAUCGGCAGGUUGAAGAUGUGGGAGAGGUAGGUUCCAAUGAUGAGCUGGAGCGAGUUUGUGAACGGCAGAUAGCACAAAAGCAAAAACGGCAAAAGAGAUGCGAAUAUAUCGACGAAGAGGCUUCAUUGUCAGGGGACGACGUUGGAAGUGAUGAAAGUGAUGAAGAGCAAAUGAGUGUUUAUGAGGCUGAGGAAGGAGAUAAUGAUGAACUUCCAGACGAUGAAACCAUCAAGGAACAACUAAAUAAGCAGUGGAUAAAACAGCAGCGAGAUGAGGAAGAAAGGAAGCUGUUGUAUUGGAAAGAUCGGCUUCGUGUUGAUGAUGUCGCGGACGAAACGGAUCGCACUUUCCGCUUUAAAUUACGUCUAGCGAAAAACGAAAGCGUUGAUGAAGAAAUUGACAACGUAACUGUUGAGACAGAAACUGUUGAAAUCGAUGACGAUGAAUUGUGUAAGAGACGUCGGGAAAUAUCGAAAUGGAAGGUAGAAGAAAGGAAAACUGAGUUGCAUGCUGAAAGCAUUUCAAUGAAAGAAACAAAUCCGUUAUUGGAAGCUGCUUCAAAAGUCACCGAUAGAGGAAGUCUGGAUGGAAAUAGCCAGUCGCACGAAAGGGCAGACAUUUCGCUUUCUAAAAAUUCCCUUUUGCAUCAUCGCAAAUCCUUACCCAACAUGUUGAAUCAGACUGAGAACACGCUGUAUACAAAAUCCGCAGAUCCUGACAGCAUACAUGCGGAUAGACAUACCGAGGUCUAUUAUUUGAGCAGAGUGCUACAAAACACUAAUCAGCAGACCACUACCAAGUCAGGAAAUGUGAAGUUGUACCAUUCUUCACAUACAUGA